CCCUCCCAACCUCUCCCUCUCUUGUUAACCUGCGGAGGAAAGAAGGAACACCACCAAUGGCGUCGUCGGACUUCCUUCGCGUUCUUUUGCGAACCCGUUUGCGUCUUCUCAAUCGCUGCUUCUCCACCGCCACGAUCACCGAUGCCGCCACCAAAGACGGUACUACCACCACUAACGCCCGCGUGAAAAUCGCCGUGAACCAGAUAUUCAGAGAGAGGAAUUACGAUCGUUUGGUGGAGAAGUUCAAGGAGUGUUCCAAGGAGUACCGGUUCCGCUGCAAGCACAAUGUCUACGAGCGCACCGUCCGCCGCCUCGCUGCUGCCAAGCGUUUCUCCAACAUUGAGGACAUCCUUGAGGAGCAGAAGAAGUACGCUGAGGUCGCCUCCGAGGGGUUCUUCAUCCGCCUCAUCACCCUUUACGGUCGAGCCGGCAUGCUCCAGCACGCCAUGCGCACCUUUGACGAGCUGCCCACGCUGGGCUGCGAACGCACCGUCAAGUCCAUGAACGCCGUCCUCACGGCCUGUGCCGACACCAAGAAUUUCGCGACGGUCAAGACGCUGUUCCACGAGUUGCCGGAAAAAUUGGGGGUUACACCAGACAUUUAUUCGUACAAUAUCCUUGCCCUGGCGUUCUGCGAGAUGGGUAGCCUCGACCUCGCGUUUUCGCUGCUCGAAGAGAUGAAGAAAAACGGGGUUAGCCCCAAUACAGUGACUUUUAAUACUCUUCUGAAUGGGUUCUACCGCAGCAAUCAGAGGUCGGAAGCGGAAAAGGUGUGGACGGAGAUGGAGAACUGCGGAGUGAUGCCGGAUACGAAGACUUUCAAUGCAAAGAUGCGGGGACUGAUCGUGGAGGGUAAGGCGAAGGAGGCCGUUAAGGUGAUUGAUGAACUGGAGUCUAAAGGGUUGAAGCCGGACACCGUCAGUUUCAAUAUAUUGAUUAAGGCGCUCUGCGAGGAAGAUGACGCGGAAGAAGUGAAGAAGAUGGUCUGUGAAAUGAAGACGCGUGAAUUGUUACUUAAUCGAAUGAUAUACGAAACUGUCAUCCCUGCUCUCUGCAAAGGAGAGUUUAUUGACAUGGCUUAUGAAUUAUGCGAGGAGGCAUUGAACAGGAAUUGCUUCAUCAAACCGGAGGUUUUGCAGGAGGUUAUUAACCGGUUGGUCGCGAUAUCGGAAGAUGAGAAAGCCAAGCAACUUGUGGAUAUGGGCUCGGGAAAGAGUUACUACGAUUCGAAGUUUACGAUAUCUCUUGAUUCAUGACGCCUUUUAGUCCUGUAAUGAUUAUUUGGUUUUCUCUUGUUAUCUUUAAUCUAUAUUCGAAUUCUGGUCAGAUACAAGUUGUAAUCUUUUUGCUCCACUCGAUCCUCUUCUUCUGGCAAUGGAGGAUGUGAAUUGGUCUGCCAGUUAGCCCACUGGCAGACUGUAAAAUAUCUCCAAGGGUAUUGGUGUCUUCAAAUUUUCUUGCAUGCUAAUGAGCUAGUGCCAAGCUCACAUAGUCAGGGUUGUGUUUUCCUCUGUUCAAUGGUAUGUUAGUCGUUUUGCGUGCCAAUUUUGUAGAAAUGAUCAACGAAACAAAUUCCAUUGUUUAGGAUGCAGAGGCUUUAUGUAAUGCUCAAAGUGCUUCUGAAGUUCAACUAGCUUAAUCGGUUAACCAUUCGUCUUGUCUGUUUUUGCUC